AGCUCGACCCAACAAAAAAAUUUCUUGCUGGAAUCGAGAUCUCAUUCGAGGGUUCCGAUCUCCUCGCAGGAAGAGCGCAAGGAAAGAGAGGGGAGCGCAAUUCCAGAUCAAAAAUGAUCCAUUUUGUAAUUCUUAUUAGUCGACAAGGGAAAGUUAGAUUGACAAAAUGGUAUUCUCCAUAUCAGCAGAAGGAAAGAUCCACGGUCAUCCGGGAGCUUAGUGGCCUCAUUCUUUCACGAGGCCCAAAACUUUGCAAUUUUGUUGAGUGGAAGGGUUACAAAGUUGUGUACAGAAGAUAUGCCAGCCUAUACUUCUGCAUGUGCAUUGAUCCUGAUGACAAUGAAUUGGAAAUUCUUGAGAUUAUUCAUCAUUUUGUUGAGAUAUUAGACCGUUACUUUGGCAGUGUUUGUGAGCUUGAUUUGAUCUUCAAUUUCCACAAGGCAUACUAUAUUCUGGAUGAGAUCUUGAUAGCUGGUGAACUUCAGGAAUCGAGCAAAAAAGCUGUUGCACGGCUUAUAGCUGCACAGGACUCGCUGGUGGAAACUGCCAAGGAAGAAGCUGGUUCAAUAAGCAAUAUGAUUUCGCAAGCCAUAUGAUUGCAGCUGCCAUGUCAGAAAUGUUGGGGGUGUGUCUACUGUUUUGAUGCGUUUGUUUUAAGAACAUGGAAGAUAUCAACAUCCCUCAAUUUAUUUGAAUAUUCUAUGUUGCUAUAUUGAUAAUUAUUGCUGUCUUAGCUCAGUUGUAAUGACACCAUUUUUUGCAAUUAUAUGUUAUUCCCUUUCCAGUCUUUUUAUAA